AUGAUCGUCGUAAUCGGCCUCUUACUCGAAUACAGCAGCGAUGAAUCCGAUCGCGGUCGUCGUUUCUUGACCAAGGACGCGAGCGACUACCAUGCAGAUGUGGAGGUGGGCAGUAUGGGGGACCUCCACGACGACAAUGGUCUGAAUGAACGUGUCGAUCCUCAUUCUAGCCAACUGCACAGAACCGACCACGCACGCAAGCUCGAAAUGCAUCCAGGAGUGCCUGUCGAUGAUUACGAUAUGUCAUAUCAAGACGAAGAGGAAGACGAAGGCGCCGACGAACGGUCAGUCCAGUCGCCCUCAUCUCUCAUUCUCUCUUGA